AUGGUGCCCCUCCCGCUGUUCAAGCUCGCAGCUCUCUUCGUGCGGCAUGUCUCAAAGUAUGGCGCAAAUCGCAUCAAGGCGCAAGCCCAUGACCACCCUCGAUUUCGGGCACUCGCAGCCAAGUACGGCCAAGCAAUCCACCAGCUCAACAUGAAGUUGUCCGUUGCCCUCCUGAGGGAUCCCGAGGCCGAGCGACGAGCCAGAGAACAAGCCGAAGCCCCCACAGUGAAAACAGAGCAGCAGCUUAAAAAAGAAGAACAAGCCAAGCAGAAGGCGAAGAAGAAUAACGAACCCGAGCCGGGUAGCCACCCCAAGUUUACGCUACAAAACGUAUGGCGGCGAAAAUUCCGGCCGUUGCCAGAGGGAAAGGCUGUGGAUUUGUUCGCUGACGUUGCUGGCGAUACGUUUAUUCUCGGCGUGGCGGGAGCAUUGAUUAUAUACGAGUACUAUAAAUCGUCACAAAAGCCCGAUGCCAAUAAAGAGCGGUUAGAAGAGCUCAACAGGAGGUUUGAAGAGCUUCAGAAGAAAGAGGAGGAACUGGCAGAUGCCGAGCAGAGGCAGCGGCAGCGAUUCGAAUCGCUCGAAGAAGCUUUAAGAGCAUUGAAGGACCCGAAGACAAAGCAACCAUUAUUACCAUCGCUGCAACCGAGCAACUAG